GGGAGACAAAACCCACAGUCAUAAACAAACAUCAUUUUGGAAUAUAUCUUGUGAAAUGUAUCGUAUAAUAUUUGUUACUGUAUUUUCAAAGAUGGCAUGCUUAAUUUAAAUGUAUGUUUAACAUUUAAAACAUGCUCAAAAUGUCUGAAAAAGACUUUGCUACAAGACACUGUCUCAUCUUUCUGAGUGUAAUUUAGAUAAUGCAUCUCUUUUGAUGAAUGAUUAGCUUGCCUGAGCGUUAGACUAUUGUUUGUGUUCUAACGGAGAAAUUGUAAUUGUACGAAAUCAGACAAUAAUUUCCAGCGUGCAUUCCAAAUUACGGCAGCUUUAAAAGGCUGGGGUUGACGAGUGCAUUUCAGAGAAGGGGAAGAUAUAUAAACCUGUCACAUGUUAAUCAUUAAAGCCUGGCCACUAAACAAGAAACUUUUGAUAACCUCGCAUAUUUUAUAGGUCACUUCCCCAUUACAAUGGAAAUCUAAUUAACUAUUUCUUACCCACAGCAGAAUGGAAUGUUCUAAUGAUAAAGAUCAUUAAAUAGCAGAUUUAAAUAUCAAAUGUCAUUAGCUGCUUGUCAAAUAGAUUUAAUGACUAUAAGUGGAGUUGGGAACAGAAUUGCUUUGUCUGACAAACAUCCACCACUAUAAACUAUGGCAGCCAUAAACUGGACUCAAGAAAAAUCCACGCCUGUAAGUUCCCCAGAAACUCUUGAAACUGCGAAACCAUGGACAGGUAUUGUGCGCUGUAAGAACUUCGGCUACGAGGAAUCUCUCGCGUUGAUCAAAAUCUGGGGAAGCGAGGGUAUCCAGAACCUUUUCAAAACAAAGCGCAGACAUUUUUUUGUAUGGAAUAAAAUCGCCGAGCAGAUGACACAGCUCGGUUACAACCGACGGCCAGAAAACUGUAAGACAAGGAUUGAUAACAUAAAGGCAAUAUACUUCCGGAUAAGGAAGAAUCUGCUAGAUGGUGAUCCAGCACCAUCAUGGCCGUUUUGGGAUACAGUGCACGGAAUUAUGACACAAGGACCGACGGACUGGGAGAUGAGGGAUGGCAGCAUAGAGAUGGAGGAUGAUUACGGAGACAUGCAGGAGGACGAACAAAAUGAUAUCGUUACACCAAAUGGUUGUGAAAAUGAAGUAUAUGAACAACAGAAUUUAGGUGACACUGAAUUAACAGACUUCUAUGGUACUGGAAUUGAGGUCCCAAGAAAUAUCGCAGGUGAUGGAGAAGAACCUGUCGAAGCAAAUGGAGCCCCUCAAGAAGACAGUGGAUCUGACCCAAUGCCUAGGCCUAGAAAAUGGAGUCGGAAGUCCCCAUACCCCCGAAAAAGUUUUAGCAUGCUCGGCAACCACAUUCAACGGACACCACCAUCCGGAGAAUAUGACGGGAUUAGUCUCCUAUCGCAGAGAAGUCAGUUAGGUACGGCAAGAUUUGCACCUACCGGUAACGGCACAGGCUUAUUGAAGAAGAAGCAUCGAGCAUUAGAGCGGGCAGUACAGGACCUCGUAAGAGUAGAACGAGAACGACUUGAUUUAGAAAAGCAACGACUGGAGAUGGACAGGCAGCUGUUGUUAUCAAUGCAGACUAAUAUGAUGUGGCUAUCACAGGCCAUGCUUAUCCGUACAGGUAUGCAAAUGCCCAUCAAUGGACAGCGGGCAACUGAAGCCAACCAAUCAGCAACCAGCCCUCCAACGACAUCCGAUGCAGGUUUUUCCCUGCCCCCGGAGAAUCCAAAGCCUUCAACAGACUGAGAACAAUCAAUAUUCCUGGUUUUGAUUUUUGAUCGUUUUUUUUUUUUUUUUUUUAAGAAAAGAAAAUUGGGGAAAAAAAACAAUGCCAUAUGAUGCCAGAGAAGAUGUUGCGGAUCAUAUGUUUGAUGCAAGAAUUCUAAUGAGUUAAUGUUAAUUAUAAAUAAUUAAUGUUAAUUUUUAUGUAAGUAAUCUUUGAAGCAAGCUAUAUUGCGAUAAUAAAAGGCGAAAAUAGUAGAGUGAUCAAGGAUGUUACCCUGUUUGAUAUCAGAAUUUGCGUAAAUUGAAGAUAUCUAAUUUACUAUAAUAUAAUUUUGAAAGCAGUUUGAUGAAAGCAAAUGACUUGAACGUUAAUAGCUAGUCUAUCAUCCCUUAAUUAGCGGGCAAUAGUUGGUUAGAAUUUCUGAAAAACAAUUAACAUUACAUAUAUCGUUUCUCCUCCUGUUCACAUGUUGAGACCAUUGAUAUCAUAGUAUAACUGUGUCAAACACAGUUAAGAGAUCUUGGUCCGUAAACAACGCCAUCAUAAAAUGAUUUAGCGAGGAACUCUUUUACAGAUAUAUAGGACAGCCAUCUGGAAAAUCCAUAUACUGCUUAUUUGCUAACAAUUGUAUACAAAAUAGGAUUUUAUCAGUCUCUGCGGUAGCCAUUACAGCUAUGAUAUAGACCGUCCGUCGUGAAGGAAAUAUACAUCUACUAUUAGUUCAAACUCAUAUCCAUGUUAGAAUCCAUAAAUCUAUACUUUCAUCAGAAUGAGUCUAAAGGAGCAUUUCGCUUUAUCCAACAGACUAGUGAUGGAUAUAGUUUUUAAAAACAGGGCCUAGAAGUCCGGCUGCAAUUUCUAUUCUAUUUUGAUGAAAAGAUAUUUGAAUUUUAUUAGUCCAAACCGAAGAAGAUGCGCUUUUAUGCUCUCUCUAGAUCCAUGAUAAAGAAGAGGAAAGUAAUUUUAAAACAAAAUUUAACAAUGAUCAAAAAUAACUAAAAUAAUUAUAUUUAUUUCAGUGUAUAUUUUAAGAUAGUAUAAAUUAAUUGUUUUUUUGUGGAAUCGCUUAAAAUAAUGGAAUCAUUUUAAUAUUAAUAUGUUGUUGUAUGUGAAGAAAUAAACAAAAAAAAUCCAGUCCAUUGAUGCAUAACAGCGGCAAGCUACUUAUAAUGCAAAUUGAAAGUUAUAUUUGAUAGCUAGUUCUGCUUCCAAUAGUUAUGUUGUGUAAACUAAGAUAUUUACUUUGUAUAUACAUCAUUCUUUAAUUAUUUCUUAAUUUAUUUUAUGUAACCUUUCGUAUCCAACAGCAAGUACAAAGCAAUUUAAUAGUUGGAGCGUUGCUCUAUGAACUCAGUCAGUGGAGUUGGUUUCAGUGAUGGGAAAACGUUUCAGAAUUAAACAGGACUCAAAACCAGGACACCUGGAUCAAAAAAUCAGCAUCUUAAAUUCAGCUACAACCCUACUCAAAAAAAAAAUAAAAACCAUAAUACCUUUCAUCAGCAAACAAUUUCAAAGAAUAAAAAUACAAAUCAGAAUAUAAACACAAAAUUGUUAAGCGAUCCAAUCCUUUGAAGGAGAGAGUGCCAAUCCGUUUGGGCUCAUAGGCCUAUCCGCUUUUCUGACAAAUGUAUACACUGUGUCUUGGAAAACAAAAUGAAUAAUAUUAUUAUUAUAAACCUACUUUUGGGCACAUUCCCACAUACUGUACUACAUAAUUCUGUCCAAUGUUGAUGCAAUGAUCCACUGUACCCAGAAACCCAUUAAACUGGGAUAUUUAGUAGGCAAGCUACUGUUUCCCACAAGUACCAGUAGUCUUUAUAAGCUAAGUCCCAUGGGCUUAAGGAGUGAAGCUACUUAUAAAUGUGAAGAAAAAUAUUUCUUUCAGGAUUUGAACCUAGGACCCUGGAAUUGGAGGAAAGGAUCUACAAAGUACCAGUAGCUGCUUUAUAAUGUCAACGUUCUAUAAUGAAAGAAAUUCCUAUUGACUACAAGUUUAAUGCUGCGUUCAUUAGAACUUAUGAAGUCGGUUUUUCCCAGUUCACAACAUGUGAAACGCUUUCAUCUGGUCAGUGAACUUGUAAACACAAGAAGAAAUUUGAGUAGAAUUUUCUUCCUUAAUUUGCACAAGUAGUGUGGAAAUGGUGGAUGUAACACAAACGAGCAGAUGUAUUUAUUGCAAUUAGUUUAAGUAAUAUUAUUUCAGAUAAAAAAAAAAAAAAUGUUUUUUGUAUGUUUUAUUUGCAACCUUAUGACUUGUAUAAUGUUCUGAAUGUACUUUAUAGAGUCCUUAUUCAAGCUUUUUUUACAUAGGCUAGGCCUAGGCUCACAUCCGUGUGAGGGCGCUUCUUAAAAUCCCAAAUAGGGGGGAAAAAUGCCAUUUUAGCAUUCAUCAAAUGAAUGCACUCUUCUCGUGUUCUCGCAUGUUACAAGUUGUGAAAUCAGUUUUCACAAGUUUUAAUGAACGCAUCAUAAAGCCCUGUUCAGACUAUCAAAUUUCAUUUGACAAAAAACAUUUUUAUGUCCAUAUAUAGUCAUGAUGUGCCUAUAUAUGGUCAGGAUGUGAUGUCAUCAUGACCAUAUUUAGGCAUGUCACAUUUUUUUGUCAAAUAAAAUGUGAUAGUCUAUACAGGACUUAAGGUUCUUGAGAUAUUAAAACCAUUAAUUUUUUUUACCUUGAGCUGGUAUUGAGAGAAUAGUUUUCUUUUUAAUAUCGUCUGAUUUAACGUUAUUUAAGCUUUAAAUAGUUUUCAAGUGGCGUUCGUCAACUUGCAGAGUAUUGUUGUGAUACCAAUAGAACACAAAACAAUCCGAAAUGGCAGGGUAAAAAAAUCGUCCCAAAAAAAAUCGUGAGCUAUAUCCUUUACGUUUUUGUUAGUAUUUGGCCGUUCCACUUACCGUCAAAUAUCCCACUCUCAAGCAGGUGACCCGUCUUCUCCAGUGCGAUAAACUGCUCAACGGAUAAGAACUUGUAGUCAAUUCCAUCAACCUCCUCGUCUCUUGGAGCUCGUGUCGUACCUGAGGGUCAACAAAGCAAUAAUCAUGUACUGUACAUGUGAAUACAGUUAUGUUUAAUUAUUUGCAUAAUAUAUACACUGAACAUAUUGAUUAACGUCAAAAUAUUAAGAGGCCAUUGUUCUCAAGGGUUUAACCUACAUAUAUUUCAGAAUCUUUUUUUCUUUGUUUUAGUGAAUAAGUUGGAUAGCAAGCUAUCAUGUAUUUAACACGCAAUUCAAAUAAUUCAGGUUGGAUUAAGUGAACAUUUAAUUUCAAUAAUCUGUAAAAAUUAAAGUUUAUUAUAAAAUUAUAAUAAUGUAAAGGAAAAAAAGGAAAUAACAUUAAGAUUAUUAGAUGUAAACAAUUAAACGAAUGGAAGUUUUAAUGAUGGAUAAUCCUUUAUGAUGUACCCAAGUUAUUUUCUUUACCUGAGUGAAAGAUCUACUACAGAGUAUUGUACAUUAAAACUCUAAUGGGAUUUGAUAAUAUAAUAAUUUUUUAUUAUAAUUUCAUGAAUUUGUGCUUUUGUAUGGGAACAAACAAAAACGUCUUUAGUAUUAUUUAAAUAUUUUGUAUAUUCUACUAAAAGCAAACUGACCAAAAACAACAUAAGCCAUGUAUUUUUAAAUGUUGAGGAAGUAGUUUGUAUUUAAUGAUAGAGAAGUAAAUGAAUAAAUGAUGAAGUAAUAUUUAAUUAGUUUCCUGGUGCUGAAUAUACACCAGUACUCUACAUUAGACAAACUAGAUAAUUUUAAAAUAGAUUCCGCUGACGAACAAUGAAACUAAACUGCGUCCAAAUGAGAUUCAACUUUGUUCAAAUUGUAUGUAGUGUAUUUACUUAAAUAUCAACAAUGUCUUUUACAACCUAGGAAGAUUAUCUUAUUUUUAUGCACUGAAAAAAACAUAUUCAUUGUUUAAUGAGUACCCCUGAGCAAUAGAUUAUACUAUCCUCUGGGAUAGUUUAUUCUCAUCAUAUGGUUAAGAUUUUUCGGUCCUAAAAUAUUUCAGUACAAAAAUAUUUAAUCCAUCUGGGACCAAUGCCUUGAGCAUUAAGGUGACUAGUCGAUAAAAAGAGUGCUUAAAAAAUCCUAUUUAUAUUAUUUAUUAAUAAUGUGAAUUUCUAUUUUGAAAAUGUAAUUUUAAUUUACGACUUUGGUUAUAAAUAUGUUGACUACCUUCUACAGCUUUUUAUCUCGCUGACAACAUGCCCCUAUAGUAGUAUGGAUUCAAUCAUCCAUGACCGUCCUGCGAACGACACAGAUUCGGUUCAAAUCAUGUCCUAGAAUUCCAAGGACAAUGUAAACGCAAAGUCUUCGCAUUAAGCAGAUAAUUCUAAUUUAAGCAAUUACGUCAGAGAUCUUGCAAUCGAAGCUUCCCAUUAUUGUGUUUCUGGUGUAACAGGGUGGAAGGGGGGGGGGGAGGGGAUUGAAUGGGAAUCAAAACUGCUACCAAUAUAAGCUUUUUGUAUUUUAUCUUAUAAUAAAAUAAAUGCUAGCAUUUUAUUUGAGGCAUAUCAUAAAGCACCUAACUGAAAGUGCGGGGGAAAUUGUUGUAUUACAUUCCUAUAAACCUGGUUUAUGAAAAGUAGGAAAAUUAUUCCCUUCUCCAUGAUAUUACCAAUGGCAAUCAACAUGUUUUGUUCUCUUCACACUAUCAAUUUUUAUACGACAACAUGUGUGAUUUUUCCAUAAAUGGGUGUGGUAUAAUAUCGUCAAGCCCAUAUAUGGAAAAAUCAGAUAUUUGUCGCUGAAAGCUUAAUAUGGACGGACCAUUAAGAUGACAAGGGGAAACUGAGUAUGUAACUGUCCCCUGAUAGAUUUAGAAGGCAAAGGAUUGCUUGUGAUGUGAAUCAAACUGUACAUAAUAACUCAAAAUAACUACUCUUUCUUAAUGACUCUUAGAUCAGUACUGUAAGGUUUUGUAAUUUGUCUCCUUUGCUAACUUCUGAUGACAAAAAAAUAUUUCAAAUAUAAAUGCAAUGUUUUUCUUACAUUGCCCCUUUUUUUGUCAAAGUUAAUUUAUGAACCUUUCAAAAUAAAAACCUUUGAAAUAAGUCUGUACAGUUGUUUAUGUAUUUGAAAAACAGCCAAUAAAUAUGACGUUCUACUGUA